AUGAGUAUCACGCUCUCUCUCUCUCUCUCUCUCUCUCUCUCUCUCUAUCUAUCUAUCUAUCUAUCUAUCGUAGCCUUAAGUUUAUAUCUAUCUAUCUAUCUAUCUAUCUAUCUAUCUAUCUAUCUAUUCUGUUCAUAUCUAUCUAUCUAUCUAUCUAUCUAUUUAUCUAUCAAUCGUAGUCUGUUUAUAUCUAUCAACCUGCCUAUCUUUGUUUAUAUCUAUCAAUCGAUCUAUAUAUCGUUGGUUGCUAAAAUCUAUCUAUCUAUCUAUCUAUCUAUCUAUCUAUCUAUCUAUCUAUCUAUCUGUCUUAUGUCUUUAUCUAUCUAUCUUAGUCUGUUUAUAUCUAUCUAUCUAUGUUUAUACCAAUCUAUGUAUCGUAAUUUACAUUUAUGUAUCUAUGUAUCUAUCUAUCAAUCUAUCUACCUAAGCCUGUUCGUAUCUAUCUAUCUUUCUAUCUAUCUGUAUCUACCUCUCUUUCUUCUCUAUCUAUCUAUCUAUCUAUCUAUCUAUCUAUCUAUCUAUCUAUCUAUCUAUCUAUCUAUCUACAAUGACACACGCACACGCAGAGACAUACAUUUUAUGGAUUUUAUUUUUAAUCCAACUGGCUAA